AUGGUGCCAGGGUUGUUACGUAUAGCAUUCCUGCUAUCAUUAAUAUAUAGUUCACUCCAAUUCAAUGGCAAAAUCUAUUCAAAUACUAAAAUAAAGUAUAAUACUGUUUUCGACGCCAUUGAAAACUUCGAGGGUGAUAUUGAUGACAUACUAAUUUGUGUAGUUGGUGUGUCGAAAGAUGAUAUACUUAUUAGAAAGGAAUAUGGGCUAAGAUACGUUAACGAAAUGGAUGAUAAUUGCGAUACCCUUCAGAAUUUGUUAAUAGAUUUCAGUAAAAACAAAAAUUUACCUUUUCACAUUGUUGACGGCGUCGAUGAAAUUACCAAGCAUGGCAUAUAUUUAUUAAGCAACAUCCCAUUAGAAUCUGAAAUUGCUGAACUAUUGGCUCCAGGUCAAAUUGUAAAUAUCGCACUAACUACUUGUCCAUUCGCUGUCACUCAACUUCCCUUAAACGUAAGUCAUCCCGUACACAAGGAUUUGCUCAAUCCUACAAAAUUUGAGCGAUCUUUAGAUAAUAAAAUUGAUGUGGAGAAAAAAGAACCACAGAAAAAGGAGAUAUAUAUCUUGCCGGUGCAGGUGGAACAAAUCACUGUGAUUUUGUCUAUCUUCUUCGUCGUGGCAGCAAGUUCACUCUUCAUGAUGAGCAUAUCAACUCCUAACUCUGUAAAGCAGAGUAUGAAGCUCAGCAUCAAUUGA